AUGGGGAAUGCAGGUCUAAAGCAACACUAUGAAACUGCAUCGAAGACUGGAGUACUACAAAUAUCUAAUAAUAAGCCAAAAUUGAGAGAAAUACCUACAGAAGUUUACAAAUUAUCAGAAAGUUUAAGGAAUUUGGACUUAUCUAAGAACAAAAUUUCAUGUAUUUCUGACGAUAUAACAAAGUUUAAGUUGUUAAAACAACUUAAUCUAUGUGACAAUUCUAUUCAAGUUUUACCUAGUACGUUAGCAAAUCUAAAAAAACUGGAAUUGUUAAAUGUUUCCCAUAACUAUAUACAGUUAUUGCCCCACCCAAUUGCUGAAUUGUCAAAUUUAAAACAAAUAUAUUUAAAUAACAAUAAGUUUAAACAAUUUCCAAAACCAUUGAUUGGACUUAAAAAUCUGGAGGUAGUGGAUCUAUCUUAUAACAAGAUUGUUGAGAUUCCAAGUGGCAUGGCAAAUUUUCAUGCAAUGGAGUUAAAUCUAAGUCAAAAUGAAAUCUCUGUUCUUUCUGAAGAUUUACAUGAAGCACCAAGACUUAAGAUAUUGAAAUUAGAAGAGAAUUGUCUUUGCUUGGAUACAAUACGGCCAAGCCUAUUGAGAGAUUCAAAAAUUCACACACUCAAUGUAGAUGGAAAUUUGUUUGAAUCAAAACAAUUAGCUGCGGUGGAAGGAUAUAAUGAGUAUACAGAAAGAUAUACGGCAAUGAAGAAAAAGAUGUUUUGA